AGUGCACAACACUGAAUAAGUGAUCAGUGGCAAGGCCUUUAAGUAUUCUAUCUUUGUCAAUCCAAUUUCUUGCAAUUGUCAGAUUGCUGUCAUUUUACUAUUAUAAAUGCAAUUGAACAAUAAAUUAUAUAUACAUAAAUAUCAUUUUUAAAAGUAAAGAAUUAUUUCUGUUUAACAAACUUUAUAUCAAUUAAAUUAUCAUAAUGGCGGAUGCUAAAUAUUCUGAUUUACCUGGAAUUGCAUACGAUCAAGUUGAUGUUUAUGAAACAACUGAUUUACCAGAGUCAGAACAAUUUGAAAUUUACUCCGAGGAUGAAUCAGAUUCAAUAGAAAAGUUGCAUAUAAAUGCUAGAGUAGCUUUUAGUAAAUUUAAAACCAAAACGGUUGGAGACACCAAAGUUGACUUUUCAGAUUCUAUUUCACGCAAAUCAAGAACCGGUUACAAGUUUAGAGAUUAUGAGCUUUUGGGCGAAGAUGAAAAAGAAACUCCAAUUCAGAAAUAUCAACGUUUACAAUGCGAAGUGAGAGAAUUAUAUGAAGAAAUAAAUGCAUUAAAGGAAAAUGCGAAAGAAGAAAACGAAGAAGUUAAAUCUGCGAUAGAAAUCAUUUCUCAAGUGGAACAAUUAGGAAAAGAAAUAAAUGAUCUAAAAUUACAAGAAUUUCUUGGUUCUGGACUUAUGGGAUUAUUUUCAGAUCCUCAAGGAACUAGAUUGAAGGAAUUGAUAUUGCAGAUAGAAGCAUUUAGAAAUACUGGCAUUUCUAAAUCAGAAACAGAAGUUAAAUCAGAAACAGAAGUAAAAUCAGAAACAACUGAAACCAAAGAAAAACCACCUUCCGGUGUCUUGGAAUACAAAAUGAUGUAUUUACCGGAAAAAGCUAAAAUGCAAGAGAUGGCGAGAAUUGUGCAACUUGAACAAAGAUUAUCUUGUCUUGAAAAUAUCAUUGGUACAUCUAACGAAAAUGUUUCUCUUUUCUCUCGGAAUUUGAAAUGUCAAGGUAUAGUAGAUGCAGUACAACAACUAAGCGCAAAAGCUGCACUUUUAGAUACGAAUCAUUUGGAAGCUAUAGAUAGAAGAUUAUCAGCUUUAAUUUGCAAGAUUGAUGACAUCGCUAAAAAGGAACAAAAAGCAGUUCCUGAUGCAGAGUUAAAGCAAAAGAUCGAAGAAAUGUAUAAAAUAGUAAGAAAGACUGAAAGUAUGUCAGAUAUUUUACCUCUAACUAUUAAUCGAAUGACAUCUUUGAGCACUAUACACGAAGAAGCUGCCAACUACAGUAAGGCAAUGAAACGAUUCGAACAACUGCAGAAACAAAAUACUCAAUUUAUGGAUAGCAAUAAAUGUUUACUCGCUGGUGUACAAGAAAGCUUUGCAUCUAAUUUAGAAGUUAUUAAAAAUAAUAUAACGUCACUUUCCGAACGUGUUGCGAAGCUUGAUAAGUAAUCGAUAGCAGCUUAAUCACUUUAUUGAAAUUAUUGAAAUUAUAUAAAAAUAUAAAUAUAUAUAUAUAUAAUAACA